AUGAGCAAAUCCCUCAUUGUCAUCCUCACUCCCGAGGAGCACGCUGCUCUGCAUAUCCAGCGCGCUCCGAACUGGGCUGAAGACGAGCCAGUUUAUCUGUCUCCCCAGCCAUGUGCGCCCUGCGACAAGGCCGGUCAUGAAUGCGUUAUUGACCCCGUCCGUGAAGGUUGUGGUUCCAGUCGAUCCUCCAUUGAGCGGAGAUGCAGAGGCUGCUUGGCAAGCAACAAAAAGUGCGGUAUUCCAACCCUCAGAGGGCAAAACGAGUACCAACAUGUCGGCGAGGGCAAGUAUCAACUUGUUCCUCGCCCUGCCGCCGAAAUGGAGCGUCGUGCCAAGAUGCAGCGUUACAACAUUGCGCAUAACAACCGCCGUCGCAGUGUUGCGCGUGCUAAAGUUCCAGCUUCUGUUCCGCCCUCGACCGCCAGCGCGCCGCCCACGCUUCCCCCCAUGGCCUCACCCAUGGUCUCCACUCCAGCUGCAUUGGACACUGUAGUUUCGGAUGCAGCCAAGACCCCAACCAAAAAGUCAGCCAAGGCCCCAGCCAAGCAGUCAGCCAAGGCCCCGGGCAAGAAGUCAACCAAGGUCCCAGCCGGGACGUCCACAAGCAAGUCGGCCAAAGAGCAAGUCACGACCCGGGCCGCCAACCACACCAAGCCCCAGCCCACUGCUACAAGCAGUUCCCAAGGUCCCGAGGUGUCUCUGAACGCAGAGAAUGCCGUUCCCACCUCCGUGACCGGGGGUCGUCGGUACCGCCUGCACUCUGAUACCGAGGACGAGGGAGGGCUCCGUGGUCGCCCUCUCAAGCGUCGUUUCUGGGAGACCUCCAUCUCGCAAGCCUCACCCGAGUCUUGGAGGGACGCCCCGUCCUGGUCCUCGAACAGCCCCAACGGUGACGCUGUACCCAAACCAGUAGACGACCAGGUUAUUCCUCCCCACCAGGCGGACCCAGAGGCAACCUCCGUCGACAUUCUCGCUGCACCGCUUACGGUCUCGCCCAGCUCACCGUCGCCACUCCCUCCUCAACAUGGUCCCAGCCCUUCUGGUACCAACGACGUUCCACCACCUCCGAUGCAGGGUUCCGCCGCUGUACCUGUCCCGUACGCCAACUGCGGCCGCAGUGUCCUCAUCGACACCCUCCUGGACCGCGAUGAGGAAAUCGUCAGCCUCAGACGCGAGCUCGUCCGCCAGCACCGCGAAGUAGAGGCCAAGAACCGCCAGAUUGAGAUUGUUCGUUCCGCUUUGGGUACGGCGCCGUCAAUCUGA